GAUAUCGGCUAGCCUUCAGACAUCGGUUGCCCUCCUUACGCCCUCAGGACCAAUCGGCUUUCAGACGAAUGAUAAGUUGUUCGGUGGACUGCCCUUUUAUUUCAAAUUCGAUUGGCCUCCUUCGCGAUAUUCUGCUGACUUCCUUCUCGGUGGCACCAAUUCAAACCAGCAGCUUUUCAAAUAUGAGCGUUUAACUCAGGAAAUUGGCCAGCAGAAACUGACUCCACUUCAAUUUGAUGGAGUUCACAGCAAAACUAUUUCCCGAGCACCAGCUCUGCUUGAUAAAAUACUUGGUCUCUCAGUGCAGGUGUCAAAAACGUGCAAUUCCCAACUUGACCUCUGCAACACCUUCGCCUUGGAAGUGAGCCGAUUCGAUGGCCUAGCGUUUUUCUUUAAACGGCAAGAAUCUGGCGGUAUCGAGCUGCUUUGUGGUCAUCCAGGCCUGCAUAGAUCUGGUACGAAGGCAGAGGAUUUACUUUUGUUCCGAUAUCAGCCAAGCCGCGGAGAUCUGGCAUUUACAUCGCGAUUUCCUUGGGAUCUUGAAUACGGAUUCCGUGGCCACUACAGUGGGUCGGAAUUCGACGGAAGUCUGAUGUUUGGGAAAUGGAAUGGGCGUCUGAACGGCAGCCUGGUGACAACGUCCUCGGACGAAUGGGAAAUGAAAUCCUACCUCUCCUCCCUCGACAGAGGUUUGAAGUUGAUCUACAAGAAGGCAGGGCCCUACAAAUACUACCUUUUGCUUGAAAACACUGGCAGACUCCUUCCAUUUUACCUGCUGUGUAAGUCGAAAAAGUGUAAUGCCCUGUCGAUAAACCGCUUGACAAGCAACUGA